GAAAGUAGUAGAUGAAUAAAGUAAACAUUGCUCAUGGUUAUUAAGAGAUAUUAGCUUAUUGGGUUGAGUAUUUUAUCUAUCCUGCAUACUCAAAGUAGAGCUAUUAAUAAAGAUAAAUCAGGUUGAUUUUGAUUAUAUCUGGAUCAGGAAAAUUCAUUACAUUAACAGAGCAGAGAUGACCAAAGAAUUUAAAGAUGGAGGCCUACAAGCCAUCGGUUUUAAUUGUAUAAAUGGGACCUUGAAAAUUAAUUGGUUAAAACCUUUCCUCAACAACAACAACUUCUGGUUCCAUAUUCCCAGAGAAAUAUUUAAGAAAUUGGGAGGGAUCAGAUUUUUACUUAGAUAUGAUUUCACUAUUCAAUGUUUACUGAUUAAAUUAUCGCAGCUUCACCAGCAGGUCAUGUUAUAUUGGAAACAGUUGCACCUCCAGGAUUAUUUUCAAUGCUGUAAUUACAAAACUAAAAGAUCGGAGACGCCCACUUUGAAGAUAAAACCUUUCGUAGCAUGUGAAAAUGCGCUGUUAUAUUUUUACUGUUUUACUGCAGAAUCACAUAAAAUCCACCAUUAAAUAUUGUUCAUUUACACACACGCGCACACACACACACACACACACACACACACACACACACCAAGGCCCUUCCUGCUCUGCAGAAUAAACCAGAUAAACCAGUUAGACGGUGUCAGUAAAAGUAAAACUAGGCAGCUCCAUUUUGUGUCGAGGGGAAAAUAAACCAUUUCAGGAGUAAAAACACAGGUUUGAUUUAACACACCGAUGUUGGAGUGAAGUAAACGUGUGUCCUGCUGUAAUCUGGAGAAGGAGACAUGACCUCCAACAUGAGUGUGUCUGGAGAACAGGACUUAAAGAAAGACGAGAGAAUGAUGGAGGGAAAGAGAUCAGACUCACCAGAACCCAGCUGUGUGUCCAUGAAGAGUGACCGGUCAAUGGAUCCUCCACUUACGUUCAGAGACGGAGCCAGUUCUCCUGAUGUGAGACCACAAAAGAAGAAAUCAAACAUCAGCAGAAAUCAGCUGGACUCCAUAUUCAAGGUGUGUGUGUGUCUUUUUAAUAUGUGUAACUUGUGUGUGAGUAGGUUGCAGGUUUUUUAUUUAAGAUAAUGAUGGUUCACAGGUUUAUCGAUGUGCAGCAGCAUUAUGGGUAAUCAGACAGAAUUUCAGUUGUAACUGCGGUAAUAGAAAGAGACUUUUCUUCUUUUCAUAAAAUAAAAGCAUCUCUCAGUGUGUAACAUUAUAAUAUUUAGAUGUGUUCCUGUGUGUUUCUAACCAGGAGCUGGAACACAAAGUCAUCACUCUGAUAAAGAAUGAGCUGAAGAGGUUUAGAAAGGUCCUGAGUCCAGAUUACCCAGCAUGCACUGAGAGGGAGGUGGAGGAUGAGGAGGAUCUGCACAGUGUCAGAGAGGGAGCGCUGAAGAUCACACUGCACGUCCUGAAGAACAUGAACCACACAGAUCUCGCUAACACACUGCACAACAAGUCUGUGGCCUCUGUGUAUCAGACAGAGCUGAAAUCCAGCCUGAGAGAGAAGUUUAAAAGAAUUAAUGAAGGAAUCUCACAGCAUGGAAGGUCAGCACUUCUGAAUGAGAUCUAUACAGAUCUCUACAUCACAGAGGGUUGGAGUGGAGACGUCAAUAAUGAACAUGAGGUGAGACAGAUUGAGACAGUGUCCAGGAGACCAGCAACACAGGAGACACCCAUCAAAUGUAAUGAGCUCUUUAAAGACAAGUCCAUCAGAAGAGUGCUGACUAAAGGAGUUGCUGGAAUUGGAAAAACAGUCUCUGUGCAGAAGUUCAUUCUGGACUGGUCUGAAGGAAAAGCAAAUCAGGACGUCACCUUCAUGUUUCCACUUCCCUUUAGAGAGCUGAAUCUGAUGAAGCAGAGAAAUCUCAGUCUGAUGGAGCUUCUUCAUCACUUUUUCCCAGAAAUGAGAAAACUAGAAUUACUAGACUCCUACACAGUGGUGUUGAUCUUUGAUGGUCUGGAUGAGUGUCGACUUCCUCUAAAUUUCCAGAAGAAUGAGAGAUUAUGUGAUGUGACAGAGUCAGCCUCGGUGGAUGUACUGCUGACAAACCUCAUCAAGGGGAAUCUGCUUCCCUCUGCUCUCCUCUGGAUAACCUCUCGACCAGGAGCAGCCAAUCAGAUCCCUCCUGAGUGUGUAGACCAGGUAACAGAGGUACGAGGCUUCAGUGAUCCUCAGAAAGAGGAGUAAUUCAGGAAGAGGAUCAGUGAUCAGAGCCUGGCCAAUAAAAUCAUCACACACAUGAAGUCUUCAAGAAGCCUCUACAUCAUGUGCCACAUCCCAGUCUUCUGCUGGAUCUCAGCCACUGUUCUAGAGAGAGUGUUGGGUGAAGCAGAGAGUGGAGAGGUCCCCAAGACCCUGACUCAAAUGUUCACACACUUCCUGAUCUUUCAGAUCAAACACAAGGACCAAAAGUACCAUCAGAAAUGUGACCCUGAUCCUCAGCAGACCAGAGAGAGUAUCCUGGCACUGGGGAAACUGGCUUUCCAACAGCUGGAGAAAGGAAAUCUGAUCUUCUAUGAGGAAGACCUGAGAGAGUGUGGCAUUGAUGUUGGAGAAGUGGCAGUGUACUCAGGAGUGUGUACCCAAAUCUUCAGAGAGGAGUUUGGGCUUUACCUGGGGAAAGUGUUCAGCUUUGUACAUCUGAGUGUUCAGGAGUUUCUGGCUGCUUUAUACACAUUUCUCUCCUUCAACAGCAGAAAUGUAUCAGAACAAACCACUGAUCUGUCUGAUCUUUUCAGAAAGUCAAUAAUGUCUGAUCUCCUCAGGAGUGCAGUGGACAAGGCCUUACAGAGUGAGACUGGACACCUGGACCUGUUCCUCCGCUUCCUUCUGGGUCGCUCACUGGAGUCCAAUCAGACUCUCUUACGAGGCUUAAUGCCCCAGACAGGAAGCAGCUCUCACAGCAAACAGGAAACAGUCGAGUACAUCAAGGAGAAGAUCAGGGAGAAUCCAUCUCCAGAGAAAUCCAUCAAUCUGUUCCACUGUCUGAAUGAACUGAAUGAUCAUUCUCUAGUGCAGGAAGUACAGACUUACCUGAACAGAGGAGGUGACCGUCGUCUCAGGAGAACCAGACUCUCUCCUGCUCAGUGGUCAGCAGUGGUGUUUGUGUUACUGAACUCAGAUCAGGAGCUGGAUGAGUUUGAUUUGAGGAAAUAUGACCGAUCAGAGGAAUGUCUUCUGAAGCUGCUGCCAGUGGUCAAAGCCUCCAGAAAAGCUGAGCUGUGUGGGUGUAAUCUGACAGAGGAAAGCUGUAGAGUUCUGUCCUCAGUUCUCAGCUCAAACUCCUCCAGACUGAGAGAACUGAACCUGAGUAAGAAUAAACUGCAGGAUUCAGGAGUGAAGCUGCUCUCUGCUGGACUGGAGAAUCCACACUGUGCACUGGAGACACUCAGACUGUGUGUGUGUAAUCUGACAGAGGAAAGCUGUAGAGUUCUGUCCUCAGUUUCUCAGCUCAAACUCCUCCAGACUGAGAGAACUGGACCUGGGUUACAAUAAACUGCAGGAUUCAGGAAUGAAGCUGCUCUCUGCUGGACUGGAGAAUCCACACUGUACACUGGAGACACUGAGGAUGUAUAACUGCAGUAUUACAGAUGAAGGUUGUGCUGCUCUGGCUUCAGCUCUGAGGUCAAACUCCUCAUCACACCUGAGAGAACUGGAUCUGAAGGGUAAUAAUCCAGGAGAAUCAGUAGUGAAGAUGCUCUCUGAUCUACUGAAGGAUCCACACUGUAAACUGGAGACAUUAUAGUGAGUUACUGACUUACUGUCUCUUUACUCUACUGUAUCAUACUAAAUAAUGUGUGUGUGUGUGUUGGUGUUCAUGCUGAUGUUGUGUGUUUACACUGAUGCUCUUCUGUCUUUCAGCAUUAAGAAUAAUAAACUCACCAGGACUGGGGUAUGACAGGAGUCUCACCUCAAACCUCUUCUCCAGGAUGACGCAGUUUUGGUGAAGAGUUAGAAUCCGUCCCACAUUUCCAGCAGUUUGGGAAAUGAAUCAUUAAAAUUAUAGGGACAGAGCAGAUACAAAGUCAAGAACAGGCAGAAGGUCAUACACAGGAGAAAUCAACACACGUAACGAAAUAUCUGCUGUACAAAGCAACGGCAAUGAUCUGCCCCGGGCAUGGAGACUGACGAGGCUUAAGUACACGUCCGGAAAUGUACAGCCAACUGAUCCCAAAGUACGAGGCAGGAGCAGGCAUGUUAAUGGUAAAUGGUCUGCACUUAUAUAGCGCUUUUUUGACCUUAGUGGUUCCGAAGCGCUUUACACUGUUUCACAUUCAUGAGGCUUGUGCCAAAGAGUAGAUGUGAAAAUACAGUGGAAAAUUUCCCUUGCAACAUGCCAACCUUUGCUGUGACAUGAACAGUGUCUUGGUCAACCCAGGAGAUGAUUCAGAAAAGUGCCUAUGCACCAGUGUAUGUUCAGCAUGCAUGGAGGCACAAAUCAAUACACUCGUGCGCAUCUCUCUAAUGGCCUGAUGAGGUCCAUGUCAAUUCUUUCAACUGGGACCUUGAAUAAAGGUAAUGGGCACAAUGGUGCUAUUGGGGUGGCCAGUGGAUUUGCAGCUGAAAUUAGUAGCCUGGUAACAAUUGCUUCCACAGCUCCUUUUUGAUGCACCAGUCGACUUAACACUACCCAUAUGAGUUGAUGUUUGGCCAAAAACCUAAGCUACCAGUGGAUAGUUUGCUUGAUGGUAGUGAAGAAGGGGAAGGAGAUAGUGCCCACUCAGAUUGGGUGGCCCAACACCAAAAGUAUUUGACCUCCAUUUAUACCAGUUCCUGAAGGCACUUGGAGACUGUGGUCAUUCAUCAUAGGACCAAUUGCCCUGACUCAGUAGCAGUACUACCCCCUGGCACUUUAGUGUAUUGUAAGAAUCAUUUUCAUGGUUGCCAUAAGAUUCAGGAUGUCUGGUGCUCCACUAUGUUUGAGAUUGUGACCUACAUUGAUGAAGUGGGAACGCUGUAUAAGAUCAGACCACAUGGAGAAGAUGGCCCCAUUAAAACUGUCCAUUGCUAAGAACUUAAGUCUGUUCUUACCUGGCAAAAAUAUGCCAGGUAAACCAAUGGGUCAGGUCUACUGGCCCUUUCCAGUCCCAGGAAUGAGUAGAGCCAGAAGGACCUAGAAUUGGAGAUUAUUCACAAGUGCCCACAGUCCACACGAGAACGGGUGUAAGGAACUCUGAGGGUCAAGUCCACGUUGAUUCUAGUUCUCAGCUCUCAGUACUUCAGUCUAGUCCAACAGGGGUACAAAAUAAUUACUCUGUCAUGAGUAUAGGUUCAUCUUUAGCGUCUCAACCCCAGGUGACCACACGAGAGCAAGAGUUGAAUUUAGAAACUUCUCUAGAUCUUCAUAUAGCUCAGUCACUUGAUCAGUCAGGAAUGGGUUUAGUUUCUAGGACAUCCUUUAGGCGUUCUACUCCUGGGACUCUGUGUUCACCGGGAUGGUGACCAUUAAAGGUAGGGGUGAAUUUGGCAAAGUUGGUUGGAGGUGCUGUUGCGCAUGCCCACUAGAGGGUGCACUGAUUCUUUAUAUGCAUCACUUCCUGUCUAUAGAACCAUGUCCAGUGCUUGAAUCCUGUGCUACACUGUGAUUGUUGGUUGCUGGAAGAACAAGUUCCAAAUGUGUGUUAUAAAUGUGCCAACGCCAUUUAUACCUACCUGGACAGGCUAUUAUUUCGGGGGCUUGGUAGCAUGUGGUCAUAAUUUGUCUCCAUCGCAUUGAUUGUGUGUGGGUGUGAAGAUGGGAAAAAAAACAACAAUACCAUCAAACCCAUAUGUGCUUGUUGAAUAUCCCAUUAUAGAUUUAGUCCCCCUUUGCUGUUAUAAUAACCUCCACUCUUCUAGGUAAUCUUUCCACUUUAUUUUGGAGCAUGGCCUUUGGGAUUUGUGUAUUUGAGCAUGCAUUUCACCUCCUGAAGAGGAGACUAAAGGGGGAAACCCCUCAAAACAAACAACAACUGAAAGAAGCUGUGGUAAAAGCCUGGAAAAGCAUCACAAAAGAAGAGUGAUGUCAGUGGAACGCCGCUUGAUUAUUUAUUGCAAGGAAGGGAUAUGCAACUAACUAGUGUUAUCUACUUUGAUUUCCUUGAAGACUUUCUGUUCCAAUAUUUUUGCUCACCUCAAAAUGUUCUAAGCUGUUUAACACAUCUAGAUGUAUAUAACAGGAAAUUAAAGCUUCAAUUUUGAUCCGUUGUCUCAUAUUCAUCUUUUGAACUC